AUGAGGGCCAAUAAGAUCAGCUUGGACAAUGCUCAGCAAGAAAGCCCCAAUGUUGCGAAUAUUGACUCUUCCAUGGCAGGACUCCCAACAACAGUCCGCUGGUACAUUGAUAGUCGUUACUGGGAAGCCAAUGGCAAAGACUUGCCGCUCCUACAAUUCCUUCGGCCUGAUGAACAAACAGCCGUGAAGAGAUACUAUCAUGCUGCCGAUAAGCGCAUGUCCUUAGCAUCACAUCUCCUCAAGUAUCUGUACAUCCACCAUGCAUGUGGGGUGCAGUGGAAAGAAAUUGUUCUUACUCGUACUGCAAUGCCUGAAAAUCGACCAUUCUACAAAUCCAGUUCCGACACCCAGGUGGAAUUCAACGUCACCCACCAAGCAGGCCUUACAGGCCUAGCGGGAACUAUUGUCCCCAGCCAUGAACAGAUGCAAAGGAAUAGCACCGCAAACCAAAUACCACCUGGUCCUCGUCUGGGUAUUGAUGUGACUUGUGUAAACGAAAACCGUCGCAGAGUUGUCAAGACUAUGCACGAGUACCUUGAGCAUGUGUCUAUCUUCACCGAGGUAUUCUCAGACCGCGAAGUUGAAACGAUGAAGAAUCCCGCUGCCGCGCUCCGUCAGGCAAAAGCCUUGGGUUUCGCAAGUACAUUUAUCAACACCAGUUCCGAGGAAACAAUCGUCGGCUUUGGCAUGCGUCUCUUCUACUCAUAUUGGGCACUCAAAGAGGCAUACCUGAAGAUGACAGGCGAUGCCCUUCUUGCGCCAUGGCUACGCACACUUGAAUUCUCGAACGUUAUUCCUCCUGAUCCUGUUCAUCCUUUAAAUUCCUCCAAGCCAUACAUGGUAUCCCAAGAUCCCAAACAUAUCCCGCAAUCACCUAAGAACUGGGGCUCCCCUUAUGAGGGUGUAAAGGUCAGCAAAGCAGGGAAACCGCUUGAUGAUGUCCGUCUUCAAUUGGUGGCGUUUGAGUCUGAUUAUAUCGUUGCUGCUGCUGGCUGUGGGCUACCCGUCGGUGUUUUUCCGAAUCUUAAAUAUAAUGAGGGAGAUCAUCACCUUCCCGGUCACAUAUCUGUUUUUUCAGAUGAUAACGAAGAAAAGCAUCGCAUUUCUAUCAAUACCAAGAAGGUGCUUGGGGAUAUGGAUCCGUGGCAUAUUCCACUUCCUAUACAGGAUCCAUGGCUUCCCAUGCAAGAGAUUGAUAUCGAUCUUGAUAUUCGACCUUGUGCCGAGGGCCGUUGUGCUCAUCCUAUAAACAACAAAAGUGUUCUUUCUUGUGUUGGAUUAUCUACGCCCGCAUAG